AUGAAGAAAGAAGAGAGGAAAAAAAUUGGUGGAGCGAGGAUGAAGAAUGAGGACGAAGAACAGAGAGAGAAAGGGAGGGAAUUUGGGGUUUUAUUUUGCCUCCAAAUUGGGUUAGGUGAUAAAAAGGGAGGGAAAGAAGGCAAAUUGGCCGUUUGUUGUAUUGCUUCUGCUCCCUCUGCGAAUGGGUGCUAUGAAAUCGAUUGGAAGUCGAGGAUUAUAGCUGUUACUAAAUCUUAUGUGAUUCUGGACAAGCCUGCUGGCACUUCUGUAGGAGGAACUUCCAACAAUAUUGAAGAAACUUGUGCGAACUUUACUACUCGUGCUUUGGGAUUGACUAGUCCGCUCUUGACUACACAUCAGAUUGAUAACUGUACUGAAGGAUGUGUUGUGAUGGCCAGGGCAGAGGAUUACUGUUCUAUUUUUCAUGAAAAAAUUAGAGAUAAGAAGGUCAAGAAAUACUAUCUUGCCCUUGUUGCAGCUCCAGUAUCGUGUGGGAUAAUCACCCAUUACAUGCAACCGGCAAAGCUUGCUCCACGUAUAGUUUCUGAAGAAUAUGUGAAAGGAUCUCAAUUAUGGCAGCUUGAAGUUUUGGAUUGCAAAGAAGUUCCCUGGCCAAACACUAUAAUUGAAGAGAAGUAUCAAAUCAAUGACUGCGGAUGGCCUGUCCGAGUUAAUAUUGGUCCCCUGCCACUAUCAUUAGCCAUUCGACAGUUGAUGGGAAAAAAUGAAACAGAAUGGAUUCGUGCAAUGAAAGUCAUAGCUGUUCAUUUUCUCGAAAACCGCAAGGAGUACUAUGAUUCGUGAUUUUGUUGAGCAAGCUUUUGAAGCAGAGCCUGGCAAUGAGGGUUGGAUAUAUCAGAGUCUCUCGUUGACCAACUUGCAUAAAUUGGUUAUUCAAAAUUGGUCCUAUCUGAGUGAUGCUUUCCUUAUUUAUUAUUAUGGUGGGGGUUGGGACCCGGAAUUCAAGGUCCGAGAUAAAUAUCAAAAAGAACAAUUAAGCCUAACAACGGUUGAGGAGGCAGAGAGAAUGAUCGGUGUGUGUGCUUUUUCGGUAAUAAAGGAGAUUGAUAUACAGAAAUCUAAAGUGAAAUUUGAAGAAAAAAUGGAAAUUAUGGCUGAGCUUGCGAAAAAGGCUAAGGAAGAGCUGCAAAGAAAGAGACUAGAAGAAGGUGAAGGUGAAGGUGAAGGUGAAGAUGAGGAGAAGAAGAGGAAGGAUGGGGAAGGGGACAUUAAAUACAACAGUACGUGAAGCAGCAGACACUAGGAAAUGAUUCUUCAAUCUGACAGUGGCAAAUUUCUUAGAGGGAGAAGUCAGAGUCUUGAAGAAGAUUCUUCAGUUAGAAAAGGAGCUGGAUGCUAAGCAGAAGUUGCUGAUGGAGAUCGGGGAGUUAAGAAGAAAGCUAGAAGUCACCAAGCAUCUUGGAAAUGAUGUUGACGCUUAAGUUAAGAUUUAAAGACAUGAAUCAUUCGGAAGCUAUGAAUCAAACUCUUAUGGUUAAACAAAGGCAGAGCAAUGAUGAACUACAGCCAGCUCGGGAAGGAUUAAUCACAGUAUGUCCUCGCACAUUCUAUAUUACUCUUGGUUCAUAGUGAUUGUCUUCCUUUCAAUAUGGUAUAUUUUUCAUUUAGUUUUCCUUUAGUUCCAACAGUAUGAAAAGUAUUACCCAGAGAUCUGUAAGAAGGUCCAUGCCUAACGCAAAAUACGAUUAUAUUGUAACCUCUAUGACAGUAAAGAGGUUGUUUGUAUUAUAUUCUUGAUCUAAAUCACAACAUCUGCCUGUUUAAAGAGCUUGAUGAUCAACAUUUUUCCAGGAGUCAUCUUCAUCUAUCUCAAGGAAUUAAUAAACCAAUGACUCAAUUCUAAUAAGAACUCCCAUUAUGGAAGUAUCUGACUCCAGGUUUGAAAUUUGUGGCAUCAUCCUGCAAAAGAACAACAAUUAGCAUUUCACAUCUCAAGAGAAAAAAGAUAUUGGUUCCCAUUGAUGGUAGAACGGUUUGGCUGAUGGACAGGGACGGCCGAAGGGUUCUGCUUAUAGUACGUUCUGGAUAUUAUUGAAUCUGGUUGGUGGUAUUCAUAACCACUUGAAUCGUAACAAGUAUCCUCUGUCGGAAUGACUGCUAGGUUGCAUUUUUUCUCGAGGAUGUCAUACCAAAAGACUCAGUUUUGCACAGCACGUUGAGCAUACUCUCUGUAGUAGGCCUUGUGGAACCUUUACAAGUUAUACAUUUUUAUUGCUGCUAUAACUGUUGUGUCUGUGGCGGCGUGGAAGCUUCCAGAAACAAAAGGAAAGAACUGGAGGAAAUUCAAGCAUACUUCAGAUAAAAAUAGUUUAAUGUAUAAAUUUCAUAUCUUAGAUAUAUAAAUUAGUUUUGCAGUAGCAAUAUUAUGGAAGCAUUUGAACAUAACACUCUUAGUCCAAGCAUCAAAUAAUUUUGCAUCACCCUAGGCUUAAUGUAAUAUGGACCUCGAGGUAUUGUAGUUUGUUUUAGAAACAUGAAGGAGUUUGAAUUUUCACGUUCGUAGGAAAUACUCCACACCUUUUUGGCUUGUUAUCGUGACUCCAAAUUUUCAUUGG